AAAGUAUAACAAUCCGAAAGUAGGAAAUGCAAACACUCUUUUCAGCAAGGCACGCUGUUUCGGUUUUCUACUCCCUUUUUUUAUACCCGAAGGUGACGUUGAAUAGAGAUGUCAGAUUUUGCAGUCCUGAUUACAGAAGCGAAAGUUGAAGAAUUGCACAGAGUAUAUAGAAAUGCAAAGAAUGCGUUUCUUUGCUUUACGAGACUUGCUGACCCGAGUUGGGUUGUGUCGGUAACCGAUGGUGUAGAUGUAUGGAGACUGGAGCUCGACUAUGACGAGUUAGAUUCACACAGAGAUCUAAGCGGUGUCAAUACUAUGAGUGCCUUCUUGACUAAAUUUAGAGAUGGGUUUGCAUCAGGGAAUCUGUCCGUUUCAAGAAGUGGCACAAAAGUGACAUUGACAGUGGGAACUGGAGCUUCAGCCUUCACCUUUGAUCUCUAUGAAACUAAGGCAGCAGAUAAAAGGACUGAACUUCAGACAGUUCUAUUCCGUUUGGCUGACCAAGCAACUGACCUUGAUUCGCAACUAAAUGCUGCAAAUGUGCAAAUUACAAAUCUCAAAGCACAGAAGAAAGCAGGUGGAGAUAGGAGUGCUCUGUUCGAUCUUGGACCCAAGAAAGGAGCAAAUCCAGCAAAGGCAAAGCCAAAGAAAACAGGCAUGAGUGUGCUAAACCCAACCAGUCGGAAACGAAAAGCUGCAAAAGGAGUUGAAUUUGAUUAGGAUCUUGAAGAAGUUUCUAUCUGUAUUUUUUAAGUCAUUGUCAUGUUCUGAAUGUCUUAAUCGGUUUAGGAAUGUAUUUUAGGGCUGGGACAGGUAACUCACGUCAGAUGUGUACUGAGUAGGACCGGAGUAGGUACCCACAAGACUACCUCGAACCGUGGUUAGUCAUAUGAUAUAUUGUUUUGUGACAAAAAAUCACUGUGGUUACUGUACAAGUCACAAAUGUUAGCAUUUCUUUCUGACUAUGCACACAUUCCUUCUGACUUUUAUAUGUUUGAGUUAAGAUAAAGUUUAAGUGAACUUUGCAUUUUAAAUGUGUAUCUUAAUACUUUUUGCCAAGGCUCCAGUAAAACAAUUUGAAUAACAUAUAUGGUCCCAACUUGAGACCUGAGCACAGAUGUAAGUUUCACAUCAAUUUGGGAAUUCACUGUUAGUGAAUGCAGUGGGGACAGCUUCAAAUCCCAUCACAGGACGCUGAAAUCCAAAGGCAGCUACAUGAAUGUUUAGGAACACAGGACAAUUUUAAAACAUAUGCAAUAUAACAGGGAAAAUAAUCCUGUUUCAAAUUUGUUUUGUUUCUGCAGUUUGAAACUAGCAAGCAACUCUUCUGGACAGGUUUAGUGGCAGUCAACCCCACCUGGUCUUGUGAUUGUGUCAGACUAAGUUUCUAGUUUCCAUUAGAUAGCAUUGCAUAAAGUUUGACCAGCCAUUGGGUCUAUAUACAACUGGGUUGUAAAUGGUACCUGUUGAAGGAAGAUAUGUCUUGUAUGAGAUUUGCUUCUGGUAGUUCUGAAUUCUAGGAAUAAUUUUUAUGAUUUAGAAUAUCCUACGGGAGUAGCAUUUGCAAUUAUUUAGUAAUCAUAACAUACAUAGUAAUCAUAACUGAGAAUCAGAGUGAUUGAAAUGUUGACAUUCCCUUUAUUUGAAUGUACCAGUAAUAAAACAUUUGUUCCUGGUUCUA